AUGGAGAUGACAACGUUGCAAGAGCUGAUAUGUGCUAUGGCUAUAACACAGAUGGAGGGUGCAAAAAAUGGGAGGAGAUACCCUCUUGCAGGCUUCGUGGUGAUUGCAGGGAUAUUUGCUGGAAAAAUUGCAGUUGCGUUGGAUUCAGAAAAUAUUAUGAAGAUGGAACUGGUUGCCUUUUCUUUCACUGGAAUUCAACGGAAGAAAAGAAAAUAUGUGUUUCAAGGGAAAAGCAAAAAGGAAAUAGAGAUUGAGAUACCAGAUUUAACUGCUUCAGAUAAAAACUUAGGUAUUGAAGAUCUUGAAGGUGAUUUGAAGAAGGAAAAUGAUUUAAAAGUAUUUAACUAUGCAACGAUUCUUGUGGCGACCAAUGAUUUUUCAGCUGAAAAUAAGUUAGGAGAAGGAGGCUUUGGACCAGUUUAUAAGGGAGUUCUGUCAACAAUGAAAGAGGUUGCUAUAAAAAGGCUUUCAAAAUCGUCUGGACAAGGAAUGGUGGAAUUCAAAAAUGAAUUGACACUGAUAAGUGAACUUCAACACAUGAAUCUUUCUGAUGUGUAUAGCUUUGGAGUCUUGUUGCUUGAAAUUGUGAGUGGAAGAAGAAACACCAGCUUCUACGAUGGUGAUCGUCCACUAAAUCUAAUAGGGCAUGCAUGGGAGUUAUGGAUUGAACAUGAGUGGCUACAAUUGCUAGAUCCAUCGCUGAGCGACUCAUAUGUUGGUGAUGAAGUUGAGAGAUGUAUCCAUGUUGGUAUAUUAUGUGUACAGCAGUAUCCAAAUGAUCGACCUACAACCUCAGACAUCAUAUCAAUGUUAACAAACAAGAAUGUCACAGUUGACUUACCAAAAAGACCAGCAUUCUAUUGUGGAAGGGAAAGCUGUGAUGAGAAUCUAUCUUCUAAGGAGUUUUAUACGGAUUCUACAAAAGCAAUCCCUACAUCCACAGAAAUAUAA